AUGUCCGACAANAAAGACGUGCCAGCCUGGCAACGGCAUGCCACCGACGCCUCCAUCCAAUCUGCCACCCAAGAGCACGAUGCGAGUGUCGCCGCCAUCGAACGCGUGCGCCGCUUUCUCCAGGACCCCGUCGUGAAGGAUGCCCCAUACCACAAGAAGAAGGCCUUCUUGCUAUCCAAGGACGUUUCGGAAGAGAUGAUAUACCAGGUCAUGGGCUCAGGAGAUAACCAGGACAAGUCCGAUACAGACGGAUCCACAGACGCUGCACAACAAGAGUUUGAAGCCAGCAAGACAGACCCCACCACCGACGGCUCGACUGAAGCUGCUCAGCAAGAGUUUGACGCGAGCAAAGGGACACCACAGCCGCCAAGCUAUGUCAAGACCACAGAUGGCUCGCAGGAUGCCGCCGAUCAAGAGUUCGACGCCUCCAACGCCGUCUCAUUCUCUGCCGCCGAGUUCAGAUCCACCGCUCCAUCCGCCGCGAGCCGGCCUCGUAGAGAUGUGCCNCCAAUCAUCACAUAUCCAGAAUUCCUCGUUCAACCUCAAAAACCUCCACCGCUUGUUACCGUGAGCCGCCUCAUAAACGCUACGUACAUAGCUGGCGCUCUGACUGCUUCUGCUUACGCCUUGUCCAAAUACAUCAUCGCUCCCAUGGCCGACAAUUUAAAUCACGCUCGCCAUGACCUGUUCGAUCACACGAGCCAUAGUCUAACAGAGUUCAACGACAAACUAAGCAAGACAGUGUCAACCAUCCCUUCUUCAGCNAAAACUCUUACCAUCUUCCCUGCCGACUUCGCCGACUUUGAUAUGGAUAGUGUCACCUCCGACCCUACCGAGCUCUUCCAUCGUGACAUUGGCACCCAAACUUCACCUUCACUCUCUCGCCGCACAAGUCUCUCAUCUGAUGCCGAUAUUGUGAAGCCUGAUACGGUGCCUCUGAAGCAAGCAACUCGUCUAAACAUCAUGAAGUCACAUUUAGCAGAGCUCCUGGAAGGCGCCGAAAGCAACGGAUCAAAUAAUGAGACUUUACAAGCAAGCAUCAGCGAGACAAGGCAUUACCUCGACGGCCUCUACUACACCUCACCAUCAUAUUCAUGGAAUGCAGACAACUCGCUCAGCUCAUCCAAUGCUUCAAAGGACAAAGAGCCCGACGCAGCUGUGGCUCUAAAGGCAGAGAUUAGAGGUGUAAAAGGCGUGCUUCUCAGCGCGAAAAGAUUCCCCUCAGUUGGCAAGGUUGGCGCCUAG